AUGUCGUGGGGAAGUGAUCCAGUACCUGAACCUACUCCUGUUCCUUGCCCUGAUUAUACAUUUUAUUCGGGAUCUGAUGAACAAAUCUGUGUUUCUCCUGGAGUAUACUUUUUCAUUGGAGAUAUUCCGUAUGGAUUAAUUCUUAUUGUAGGUAUAAGCUGGGCCAUUAAUAUAACAUUGUGGGCCAUAGCUGUUCGCAAAAAUCGCGAAAUUCAUCCUCCAUUCGGGUACUUUAUAUUCAGUUUGGUACAAAAUCUUUGCUUUGGACUCUUUAUUUGGGGAAUAAUGCACCAAAUAUUUCAAGGAACGUCUAUGUAUACGAGUGCAUUUGCUAUUUCAUUAUUUAUUUUAAUUUUUUCUAACAUUUUUUCAUAUAAAUAUUCAUUUUCAACUAAGGAACUGAAACCAGGCUUGUUUUUAACUAGAAAACUCAUAUUCAAGAAGUUCUGUCAAUGCUGUCUCUCAUUUCAUUUGGGUUUCCAAGGUCGAAAAAAGUUUCCAAUUAAAUGCGUGCUGAAUGAAGAGAAAGCAGAAAAACUUGCUAAAAGAGUCUCAGGAAAUCCUCCAAUCCUUAUAAUUAAACCAAUAAUUAAAAAUGGAUUUGAAAAACACAAAGUUGUGUUCUCUGAGCCUCUCAAAUAUGGAUCAUGGGAAGGAAUGGAUGAUUUGAAGAUAGAUCCAAAUUGCGAACUCACUAUUUUUAAAGCAAAUUUUGUUGAUGAAAUUUCGGAAGAUUUUCAAGGCUAUUUAAAGCAGGCAAGUGAAGAAUAUUACAGGAAAUUGCAUGCAUAUUAUAUUGCAAGGCAAACAAAUUAUCGUCUCCGCAUCAAAGUGUUUGAUAAUCCAGAAAUGGAGUAUGAAAUGGAUAUUUACAAAGUUCCAAAAUAUUUUUCAUUAUGCCAUAAUAGCAAGUACGUCAAAUUCUUAAAUUCAUGUUUUGGCAAAUUUUUAUUUGUCAUUUUGAAUUUAUUCGGAUUUUCCAUAAUAUUUGAUGACAUCUUCUAUAUCAUGGCAAAGUACCAAGAGAUCGAAGUUAAAAGGAAAAUUGCAUUAGACGGAUCUUUAAGAUUCAAACCAUAUAAAGCAAAUCCGCAAUUCAGCAAUGAUUAUUACACAGCAGAAGACUUAUCGUACUGCAGGCUUCCAUAUUGGGAUCCUGAACUUUACCUUUUAAUUUGUUCAGAAAUGCAAAAAUCAGAUUGCACUGACCAUUAUGCGCUUUCAAUGGCGUUUACAGUUCCUCUACUUGAUGGAGGUUUCGGAUAUCCAAUUCCACAAAAUCAAGGAGAUAUCAAGAAUUCUCUGAUUAAUUCUCAAGAAGGACAAUCUAAUGAUCAGCCAUACUACUAUGAGGUUCCUUAUUCUCAGAAGCAAGAGUAUGCUUAUCCUCCGCAAAUUCAAGAAAAAGAUGUUAAAAUGGAUGUUUAA